UGACGUCGUCGUCACGACCAAGUCUCCGUCGGCACGCGGGGCAGCGCGAGGGGAGGCGGGGCUGGCGGUCGUGUGAUUGGCGUGCGAGCCGCCCUUUGUCCACGCUCGGGGGGGAACGAGUUUGGGAUCGUGGGGGGACCUUGUUGGCACGCGGAGGGGGUCAGAACCCUGUGCGACACGGCCCCGCGGCGGAGCUCACCCUGCGACGGCCACCGGACUUGCGUCACGGCCUCGCGACAGCUCGCGACUCGCGUCCGGACAGAGCACAGGACAGGACACCCAGCUUCCCUCGGAACCGUGGAGUGUGAUCGCAGGCUCCUUCACGACCCCGUCGUCAACAUCUCGUCACGUGACCUGUUGCAGUUGCCAAGGUUGUCCACCAGGAGACCACAGUGUCACAUUAUUUCCAGAGACGAGGACAGCUGAUGUCACUGCGCGGAGAAGGUUGGAGUCCUCACCUCGAAGCCUUGUUUGGAAGCUGCUGUGAGGUGCUAACGGCGAUUAACCGACAUUUUACACACACACGAGUCACUGACCAACAGACGCUCGUCGUGUUGUUGUUUGCCAUCAACUCUCGACUGUUUAGGGAGGAGCAUAUGUGUCCUGGAAGUGUAGAAGUUGUCGCAGGCGGCCACCAUCGACACCGACAAUGAACUAGAAGUUGGUGUCAGACGCUGUUCAGUCUGUUCAGACUGACGGUCAUGGACUGUAGUGUCUGAACAGACCAGACUGACUCAGCAACAGUGAAGUGGACAAGGAUUUCCACCACAACCACCGACCACGAGCCAUCUCCUCCGUACGCAUGCGUGUCGUGGAUAGACACAGACCAGCCAUGCAUUCCGACAGAGUGUCCACCACGGCUUCGGAGACUCGAAAGAGCUCCAAGCCCAUCAUGGAGAAGCGCAGACGAGCUCGCAUCAACGCCAGUCUGGCGGAGCUGAAGUCCCUCCUACUGGAGGUCAUCAAGAAGGAGGGAGCACGUCACAGUAAAAUGGAGAAAGCUGACAUCUUGGAAAUGGCCGUCAAACACCUGCGACAGAUACAGCGCCAGCAGUAUACUAGCGGCGGCACCGAUCCCACUCUGUCGGACAAGUACCGCCUGGGGUUCAACGAGUGCGCCCAAGAGGUCAGCAGGUACCUGGGUGCCUCGGAGGAGGACGACGCAGAGCUGAGAGCGAGGCUGCUGAAUCACCUGGCCAACUGCAUCGCCAGCUCCGACUCUCCCUCCCCCGUGUCCUUGACCCCGUCGUCCCCUGAACCCCUGCACACCUUCAGUCACGCGCAAGGGAACGUGUCGCCCGCGCUGUGCCCCGCUGGUGCCCCCGUCAUCGUCAAACCAACGCCCUCCGUGCCCGGGCACUCGGUGGGGCAGGCGGCCCUCGCCAGGUUCGCAGUCGCCAUGGCGUCCGCAGAGGGCGGGGAGGGAAACUCGUCGUCUGCUGCCGUCUUGAUACCCACCACCGAAAUAAACAAUAACAUUCCCACCAUCGCCGACAACAACAUCGUGUCAUCAUGCACUAUUAAUAGCACCACCCCGCAGGUCACGCUGACGUCGACGACGCAGUCGCGCCAUCCCAUCACCAAGCUGCUGGGGGAGUUCCAGGUGUUGCCCCCCAAGAGCACGCCGGGAGAGGUGGCCUUUGUUCUGCCAGCGAACAUGAUGGGUGGGGGACACUUGCCCAGCUACAUCAUCCCCAUCUACGCAUCCCCGGGUCUCGCCGCCAGCGUUUCCUGGGCAACAACCACCACCCCCGCGUCGUCCGCCGUGCAGGUUCCGUUUCCGGUGAUGGCGGCGCCACAGGUGUCUGCUGGGGCUGCUGUGGCGGGCGGGGCGCAGGCCAGCAUCGUGACUCUGUCCCCCCAGCAGAUCGUGCCAGCCUUCCCCCCGGUCAGCGUCACCCAGGUGCUGGCGGCGGGGGUGGGCGGGUCGUUGUCGUGGGAGUCCAGCAAGCCCACCUACUCCCCCCUGUGUCCUGGCACCGCCGUGUCGGUGAGCGAGGCCUCCACCUCCUCCUCACCUUUCAUCUCUCUCUCCAAGUUCCGUGCAUCGCCAUCUCCAGCUCCUCAACCUCCGCCGGCCUUGCCAAGCUCCGGAGACAAGGGCAACGAACUGCCUCACGAGGACCGAGAGAGCAGCGCCCUCUUCCGCCCUGCGCCAGUUGUGCAACCACGUGACGAACCUCUCUGGCGACCUUGGUGACCUUGUGACCCUACUUACCUUGGCGACCUCUUGAUUACUGACUACCUUGGUAGAUAACACGAUAGACAAUGUAUUUGUGACACGUGUAGUGUGAGCUCGUGAUCAACGCCCUCGACACCUCAACCCUUUCCAAGGUGAAGGUCAAUGAUGACCUGCCUUUAUUUUUAUAAAUCUGAUAAACGAAACUUUUCCAGUGUCUUACGACAGGUCGUGAUCUGUGUCACUCUCUGUACUGACUACUGGACACGGUCCACGUCCACCCGAGUCGCAUAAUGGUGUCCGCCUUCGUGACAUUGCACAGUACGUCAAUGGUUGUCAUGGAAACAUUUACUAUGCUUGGUCACAUAUCUCACAAAGUGUUUUUAAUUAUCAAUAUGCAGAUCCAGCAGAAACUGUUUGAAUGCUGCAUCACACCUCUUCUGAUUCACAUGAAAUUAUUUUUGUCUUCCAAGAGAAAUUCUAGACUAAUGUCCGUUGUCACGAGCUUCCUGGGCCACGUGACCCAAGCGUGGAUGUUGAUGUCAGUGUGUGUGUUCAGUGAAGUGUACAAAGUUGAAAGUUUUCGAUAAAUAUAAAUUCUACUUAUUCUUACACAAAGGGUUAGAGAAAGAUUUACACAGAGUUACAUUCCAGUUACACUUGUAUCGUCUGCUGUUGAUCAUGGAGUUUGUAUCUGUGUCUUGCUGAUAUACUUGUCUAUCACUGUUAUCUCGGAUUGCAAAAUGUCGGCUUCCAUUUCCCCAACUUGUGAUAAUUGUCAGUGACUGUGAUACUAGCAGCGAAUAUUUAACCACGAGAUGUAAGGAAAGCUGGAGAUGAGGUCGGAGGGCCUCUAGGGAGGUGACGACACGUGACCGAGCUCACCUGGCGGUGACCGAGGACAGCAGACUACAGCCAUGGACUCUGCUUCAUCUCGAUAUUUCGUUCCAUCAGUUGUUUGUGUUGCUUUCAUAAUAACUUUGUUAUCAAGUGUGUUUUGUAAACCGUUAGAAGUACCGUGCUACCUCUGUUCUCUCCUUCUCUCUCUGUCGAUGUCUUUCUGCUCUCAUGCGUUCUGCACUUCCGUGGUGAAACAUUCCUGAAGCUGACUCAGGCUUUUGAAUAAAGUUCAUAACGGCUGACAUUCCAUUGUGUAAUGUGCAGUAACUGUGAUUGGACGAACAAUGUACAAUAAAUACAUUCAUACAUUCAAA